UCUCUAGUUCAACUAAACUGAAUAAAUAUGUCAUUCAAUAUGAGUAUUAAUUCAGUGUAAAUGUAACAUUUUGAAAAGCUCCAAGCUCCAAUAUCAUGGACCUGCAACAACAAUGGUUAACGAUGAUAACUCAUAUGCUCGUAUGUAUAGAAGAAGUUUCAGCCUUCAUGGCUGCUACAAGUCGGGAAUUGGAAAUCGAAGAAAAAGACCUCGACAGAUUCAAUAAAUUUCGCAAUGUUCUCAACAAACUAAGAUGCCAAAUAUCUUCACUAGGUCAUAAUUUUUUGAGGAAAGCAUGUUAUGCAUCCACGGAAACGAAUAAAGAAAAGGGAAGAUGGAAUAAGAUUAGGGCACAAGCAAAUCAUCCUGUUAUAAAAGGAUGUAUUUGUAGCACCUUCAGAAGAAGAAAAAUUGUGAAGAAACGAAAAAUUGCAAUUUGCUCAACUUUGAGAAGAUCUGCUUUUAAGAGUCUCAGAUGUUCCCCUCAAAGACAGGGUAAUUUUGGUAGAAACAAUUCGGGAUUGAAAGUAUCUUUUUUGACCGCACUUCAAUAACAAACGUUUGAAACCAAGCUGUGGCCAAUGACGAUAAUCAUCCGAACAUCAUUAAAGAUCCAAGAGGCUUAAAACUUGCAGACAAUGGUUUUGGAUACGAACUAUUUCACGCCAUGCAUAGGCACAGGAAUAGAAUAGCACAAAUUAUUGAGAAAACCGAAGAAAAACAAACUUUCGAAGAGUUACUCAACAUGUCAAUAUGCACCGCUUUGAAGCUUAAAGAUAGAGGGCUAGAUCAGAAUGAUAUAGCAUGUGUUUGUCUCUCUAAUGGAAAAUAUACCUCUGUGCCAUAUCUAGCAGGACUUUUUCUGGGUUUUACAAUGAGCGCCAUCGAUGUCACUUUCAACGUAAAAGAUAUUGCAUUUUUCCUUAAACUGGCAAAGCCCUCUAUCAUAUUCGUUGACACAGAAAAACUGGCGGAUAUCGAAGAAGCACUUCUGGAAGUAGGAAAAUCUAUAAAAAUAAUAGUUGUUGGUGACAGUAUUGAAGGUUUGGAGAAUAUCCAAGAUUAUUUGGUCAGUUCUAUUGAUGAGAGUCGAAAAUUCACGCCUUAUCAAGUCAAAUCGAUGAGGGAAAACUGUGCGAUAUUUUUCAGUAGUGGCACAUCUGGUUACCCCAAAGCUAUAUGCUUGAGUCAUUUCAAUUUAUUGUACCAAAUCGUGUAUGCUUCGGUUACUUGCAAUUUGAACGAUGUGCUAUUGUCCUAUACAUCUUUCUAUUGGAUAUCAGGAGUUAUACUUCUAGGGUAUUGUAUAUUAACCGGAAGUCCAAGGAUUCUACCAAUGCCUUUCGAUGUUUCUAGAUUUUACAAACUCCUGGAUAAACACAAAGUAAUUGAGGUUCAUUUUCAGGUGCAGAUAGCCUUUCUUGGCCCCCACGAAUGUAUAGCUCUAAUCAAAUCAAAUAAACCAGAAAAAAUAGUAACCUCCUCCUUAAAAUGGAUAGUUGCUGGAGGUGCGGCAUUGAAAGAAGAUGCAGUCUCGUCCUUGAAAUGUUCAUUUCAGAGCUGUAAUGUAAUUCAGAGCUAUGGUCAGACUGAAACUGCUGGACCUAUGUUCAGAUGGGACAUAACAAAACCAGAAGAUUUUGAAUUAUGUAUUGCGAAGCCUGCAUCUAUAGGAAGGCCUUGCGGUGGUAUUUGGUAUAAGGUAACUGAUGAGAAUACUGGCAGUAUUCUUGGUCCGUAUAAGACAGGAGAGAUUUGUAUCAAAUCGGACACCCUUAUAAUGAAUGGUUACUACAGAAGGGAUGCUUCUGAAUGUUUUGAUUCGAAUGGUUGGCUCAAAACAGGAGACCUGGGAUAUUACGAUGAAUAUCAUUGUUUUUACAUUAUGGAUAGAAUAAAGGAGCUCAUCAAAUACAAAGGAUGGCAUGUACCACCACUUAUUUUGGAGAAUUUGCUCUUGAAACAUCCUGUGGUUGCAAAUGCAGUUGUGAUCGGUAUACCUCAUCCAGAAGAUGGUGAGCAUCCAACGGGUUUCAUCAUUUUAGAGCAUGGAGUAGAUCCGGCUAGUGUGAAUUUGCAAGAUAUUUCUGAGUUUGUUAAUCGACAAGUUGAUGAAAAGAAACAUUUGAGAGGUGGAGUCGUGAUAGUGGAGUCAUUUCCACUGACAGUAACUGGAAAAGUUAAUAGGAGGAUUCUUAGAGACUCAUUGUUACGAAUGAAUGUGAUUCAGAAAACUAAAUAAAUUUCUGAU